AUGGAUGCAGUUUUGGGUUUCGCGAGAAAAGAUGUUGAAAUAAAAGCGGACGCAUCAUCGACAUUAUUAACUGAUUUGCAUAUUAAAUUCAUCGAAACUUAUUUACAAAAUCCAUUAGAAUACGUAUUAGUGGAGCACCGUAAAUUGGGUGGAAUAUAUUGGUGUUUAAAUGCAAUGGACUUGAUGAAUAAGCUGGAGGGAGUUAAUUGCGAUGAAAUUGUGCAGCAUGUAAAGACAUGUCAACAAGAUAGCGGCGGAUUUUCUCCAGCUGAAAAGCAUGAUGCGGAAUUGUUAUAUACAUGUAGUGCAAUCCAGAUUUUGGUCAUACUUGAUCGACUUGAUGAAAUCAAUAGGGAUGCUGUCGCUGAAUAUGUUUCUUCGUUACAAAAUCAGGAUGGAAGUUUCGUUGGCGGAUUAACCGAAGUUGAUACUCGAUUUUCAUUCUGCGCCAUUUUAACACUCUUUUUAAUUAGACGAAUGGAUGUUAUAAAUAUUCCAAAAGGUGUUGAAUUUGUUAUGAAAUGUUAUAAUUUUGAUGGUGGGUUCGGCACCAAGCCAGGAUCUGAAAGUCAUGCUGGCCAAGUUUAUUGCUGUCUUGGUUUUUUAGCAGUUUCUGGAUAUUUAGAUUUAAUUGAUACAAAUAAAACUGCACGUUGGCUUGCUAAGCGGCAAUGUAAAUCUGGUGGUCUUAACGGUCGGCCUGAUAAACUUCCUGAUGUUUGUUAUUCGUGGUGGGUACUUGCUUCACUUGAGAUUAUUCACUGCCUUGAUUGGAUUGACAAAGCACUGAUAAGACGGUUUAUAUUAGCUUGUCAAGAUAAGCAAGAAGGAGGAAUAUCAGAUCGUCCGGGUGAUGUUCCUGAUCCAUUUCAUACUAUAUUCGGUUUAGCUGGAUUGAAUUUAUUGGGAGAAAUCUCAUUAGCUGCGAUUGACCCAGUUUUUUGCAUGACGAAACGAUCUCUAAAAAAUUAUCGUUUAUAA